AUGAAAUGUAAUACCUUUAAGGCCUGCCUGCCUCCGUCCUCCUUCCUCACGUGUUCCUCCGAUAACACCGUCAGGCUGUGGCACGCCGACCCCCCCACCGGGCACAGGAACCUCUACAGCAACGACCUGCUGAGGAUCCUGUACGUGGGGGAGGACACGCAGCACCUGCAGGCGGAGGGGGAGAGGGGGGAGUGGGGGGAGGCCGCCGCCGGGGCUGAUGGGAAGGCUGGGAUCAGAGUGCUGGGAAUCAGUCCUGAUGGACAACACCUGGCAGCUGGAGACCGCUGCGGAAACCUGCGUAUCUUUGGUCUGGCGUUCCUAGAUGAGUUGGUGAAGAUCGAGGCUCAUGACUCUGAGGUUUUGUGUCUGGAGUUUUCCCCGACGUCCACCGGUGUGAAGCUGUUGGCGUCGGCCAGCAGAGAUCGACUGAUUCACGUCUUCAACCUGGAGAAGAACUACAGUCUGGAACAAACUCUCAGUGACCACUCAGCCUCCAUCACUGCAGUCAAGUUCACUGGCCAGAGUCCUGAGGUCCAACUCGUGAGCUGUGGAGCCGACAAAAGCAUCUACUUCCAGACAGCGGAGCAGACGGCAGAGGGUCUGCUGUUCUCCAGGAGUCACCACGUGGUGGAGAAGACCACGCUGUACGACAUGGACCUGGAUGCCUCCAGGACGCACGUCGCCAUCGCCUGCCAGGACCGUAACGUCAGAGUUUAUGACGUGGAGACUGGGAAGCUGAAGAAGAGUUUGAAAGGCUCGUCCAGCGAUGAAGGCGCUCUGCUGAAGGUUCAGAUGGAUCCGUCCGGCUCGUUCUUCGCCACCAGCUGCUCUGAUAAAAACAUCGCCAUCUUUGACUACGAGUCAGGGGAGUGUGUCGCCACCCUGUUCGGACAUGCUGAGAUCGUCACCUGUAUGAGGUUCAGUCAGGACUGCAGACAUCUCAUCACCGUGUCUGGAGACAGUUGUGUGUUUGUGUGGAGGUUGGACUCUCAGAUGACGAGCGUCAUGAGGAAGAGGCGGGGCUUACAUCAGAGCGCCGCGGCUGAAGCCUUCAGCCGCAAAACACAGAACAUCAGGAGGGAGACAUUCAUCAGCGGCCCGGCGUCUCUGCUGCCUCACACCGAGGAAGAGGAGGAGGAGGAGGAAGGGGAAGAAAAGGAGGAAGAGGAGGAGGGCGAGACGCCACACAGACUGGACCCCGCUCACGACCCUCAGCUGCUGCAGACCAAUGGGAAGCUGCCGCUGUGGUUCAGGAAACUGCAGGGUGAGGGCGGAGCCUCUUCUGCCGUCCAAUCAGGCUCUGAGCCUCAGCAGGUGCAGGUGCGGAGCCGGUGGUCGGAGCAUCUGAACCCUCUGACCAUCUGCUCCGAGUUCUCCCCGAGUCCCACCAAGACACCGGAGGAGGAAGAGGGGGAGGAGGAAGAGGAGGGAGACUUUCACCCCCAGAGUCUGGAGAGUCUGCUGGGAGAGGAAGACGAGGAGGAGGAGGAAGAAGAGGAAGACGAGGUGCUGCAGAAUCCAGCGGGAAACCGCAGCUUCCUGCUCUACCCCUCUGCUGACAGGGACUUUGAUGUGGAGGGCGUGGCUGACCCUCAGCUGGAGGUCAGAGGUCAGAGGGCGGAGCCAGCGUGGAGCUCUCAGCUGAGUCCUGACUCAGCGUGCUACGAGGGCUCAGCGGGGAGUCUGGAGCAGCCGCACGACGCUGGUCAGACA